AUGGCAACUGACAACGCAGAGGGGAAGGAAAAACAAAGAGAACAUAUUAUUCAAAAAGCUAAUAUCCUUUCUUUACAAGCUCCCACUCCGUAUGCGUCGCUUGCCAUCCGGCAAGGUGUUUUUUGUACCAUGUGACCAUAUUCUGCAAAGGGCCCUUCCGACGAGUGUCCUCUUGAUAAGAACUUAAGACCAGCUGGUACUGUUCCAUGUAUUAAACUGGAAAUAAAGCACCAUAAACGGCAUACAUCUGAGUUAUAAACGUGUGCAUUUAUUCUUAGAGGUGGCAUAAAUGUCAUCGUGCUCUUUAGCGAAUCAGCGCAUUUUUGGAGACCGAAAGGCAGCUUAUUGGCACGGAGUAUAUUCACGAGAGAAGUCAUUGCACGCCGUGUUCAUUAAAAAGCUUGAGAGCCCCGACUCCCUGAGCAUCAUCUACUCUCAUCGAAUCAAACUCCUGAAGCAUGGAUUCCCCCUUUUUCCCUGCUAAGUUUCUGAGGCCAUGAAACCAGUGGUAGUUUCAUUUAAGGGGCACAAUUUGUCUGAAGCGUAUCAUAUUUUUAUCUGUAUGCACAGGGGAAACAAGUAAACAAUUCAAAAUUGUUGAACCUAACAACUUGCUCAGUCUCAUUAAAAUAGGUAGGUAAGAAAAAAUACACCUGAAUUUCUGAUAAACAGUAACUCUUUGUCUAGUCAUAUCAACAUAUUGACAUCUAUUAAUUUGAAUAUUGCAUGGAUACAUAUAUUUCUUGCACACCUUCUCAGUGACACACUGAGGUACAGCAGUCAUAGGUAACAAUUUUCAAAACUGAAACUAGGUUGCUAAGUCAUAUAGGAUUGUGGAUAGGUGAGGAUGACUAUGAUACCACCAAGGUUUGUGGGAAAGUUCACGCACAACAGAAGUCUUUGCGUCCUGUUACUGGUCAAAAGUUAACUGUGUUUAGGAGAACCACUGCCGAUGAUAAAGCUAUGAGGAACAGCAAUGGAAGCUUUACUACCUGCUCUGCCUAU